AUGUUCUCCUGCAACAGCAGCACUUCUGGUCGUUCCAUCUUCCUCCUCACUGGCUUUCCAGGCCUAGAAGCCUCUCAUCAUUGGGUUUCCAUCCCCAUCAACCUCAUCUGUGUGGUUUCUCUCCUGGGUAACAGUAUCAUCCUCUUCCUGAUCCUCACAGAUCCAGCCUUACAUGAACCCAUGUACAUCUUCCUGUCCAUGUUGGUAGCCUCUGAUCUUGGCCUCUGUGCCUCUACCUUCCCCACCAUGGUGUGGUUCUUCUGGCUGGGUGCUCGGGAGCUGCUCUUUAAUCUCUGUGCAGCACAGAUGUUCUUCAUCCAUGCCUUCACCUACAUGGAGUCUGGUGUGCUGCUGGCCAUGGCCUUCGAUCGCUUUGUUGCCAUCUGGGACCCUUUGCACUACGCCACACUUCUCACCCACUCAGCCAUGGCCAAAGUGGGGGCUGCCAUCCUGGUCAGGGCUGUCCUGCUCAACCUCCCGGGACCCAUCCUCCUGCAGCGUCUGCUCUUUCCCCAGGUCAGUGUGCUCUCUCACUGCUACUGCCUGCACUGUGACCUUGUGGGAUUGGCCUGCUCAGACACCCAGAUCAACAGCUUGAUUGGCCUCGUGUCCAUCCUCCUCUCACUGGGCCUUGACUCUUCCCUCAUCAUGCUCUCAUAUGCUCUGAUCCUAUGGACCGUGCUGGGCAUCACAUCACCUGGGGAACGACUCAAGGCACUCAACACGUGUAUUUCACACCUCUGCAUUGUUCUUAUCUUUUAUUUGCCCAAACUGGGGCUGUCUGUGUUGCACCGUGUAGAGAAGCACAGCUACUCUGCUCUGGCAGUGCUCAUGGCCAACCUGCACUUUUUGGUCCCGCCCUUCAUGAACCCCAUUGUGUACUGCAUCAAGUCUAAGCAGAUCCGUCAGGGCCUACUAAAGCACUUCCAGCAGAAAAGAGUUGAUGUCUCCUAG